AUGAAGGCAUCGUUCAAGACUUUGGAGCGUGAGAAUCGAUUCAAGAACCCGCCUACGGAUAAAUCGGCUUUCCCUUUGUUGGAACAGGCUGUAGCUCCACAUAUCGGGUCGUUCAAUGCUCUUACUGAUGGGCUCAAUGGUGGAUUGUUGAACUUAGCAGUUAAGGAUAUCGGAGCCAAAACCAUAUUUGAUAGCAACGAUCCUUCAAGAUUAGGAAACAAAUUGAAGAUACGAGUAGAUGCAGUUCAGUUGGCUAAGCCGUCUGUGGCUGUUGGAGAUAAAUUGUCCGUUAACAGGAAGACACUACCAUCUGAAUGCAGAGAGAGAAUGAUCACAUAUAAAUCCAGAUUCAUGCUGAAAGUAUGCUGGUCCGUCAACGAUGGCCCAGAAGAAACAGAAAUCAGAGAGGCUGGUCAAAUUCCUGUCAUGCUAAAGUCAAACAGAUGUCAUCUUGAGAAAAUGUCACCCAAUGAACUGGUGAAGAACAAAGAGGAAAGUGACGAGCUUGGAGGGUAUUUCAUUGUCAACGGUAUUGAAAAACUAGUCAGAAUGUUGAUUGUUCAAAGAAGAAACCAUCCAAUGGCUCUUAUUAGACCUAGUUUUGGAAACAGAGGCGAUUCUUAUACCCAAUUUGGUAUUCAAAUAAGAGCUGUCAGACCAGACCAGACUUCACAGACAAAUGUUCUUCAUUACUUGAAAGACGGUAACGUUACCUUCAGGUUCAGUUGGAGAAAGAAUGAGUAUUUGGUCCCCGUCCCUAUGAUUUUGAAGGCCCUAGUGGAGACCAAUGACCGUGAAAUUUUUGACGGUAUAGUGGGCUCUGAAACUUCCAAUUCGUUCUUGACUGAUCGUUUGGAAUUACUGUUGAGAAAUUAUAAGCAUUACAAGUUAGUUUCGAAACAGGAAACUUUGGCCUAUCUUGGAGACAAGUUCAGAGUCGUCUUUAACGCAACACCUGAUGUAUCCGAUGUCGAUGUGGGUAAGGAAGUACUGAGAAGAAUCGUCCUUGUCCAUCUACCCGACAACAGAGAUAAAUUCAGAUUGUUACUAUUCAUGAUUAGAAAACUUUAUGCAUUAGUUUCUGGAGAUUGCUGCCCCGAUAAUCCAGAUGCUACCCAACAUCAAGAAGUCUUAUUGGGAGGAUUCCUUUAUGGUAUGAUUAUUAAAGAAAAAAUUGAAGAAUACCUGGCCAGUAUUCGAUUACAAAUCCAAACAGACAUUAAUAGAGGCUAUCCAGUGAAUUUUGACGAACCGAAGUAUAUGUCUCGUGUUUUUCAAAGAAUCAAUGAGAAUAUUGGUAAGAAACUACAGUAUUUCUUGUCUACUGGUAACCUGGUUUCCCAAACGGGAUUGGAUUUGCAGCAAGUUUCGGGUUAUACAGUUGUCGCAGAGAAAAUCAACUUCUAUAGAUUUAUCUCUCAUUUCCGAAUGGUUCAUAGAGGUUCAUUCUUUGCCGAAUUGAAGACAACCACAGUUAGAAAAUUACUUCCAGAAUCUUGGGGAUUUUUGUGUCCUGUGCACACACCAGAUGGUUCUCCAUGUGGUUUAUUGAACCACUUGGCUCACAAGUGUAAAAUAUCCACCGAAGAAUCGGAUGUUUCGAAGGUGCCUAAAGUUCUAUCAAAACUGGGCGUAUCUGCCAAUCAUGUUUUUGCCGCUGGACCUCAAAUGUGUUGCGUUCAGUUAGAUGGUAAGAUCGUGGGAUGGUGUACACAUGAACAGGCUAAGAUCGUUGCUGACACUUUGAGAUUUUGGAAAGUGGAAGGUGGUCAUGGCAUUCCUCUUGAUUUGGAAGUUGGUCAUGUUCCACCUUCUUCUAGAGGUCAAUAUCCUGGACUAUAUCUCUUUGGAGGUCGUGCUAGGAUGACUAGACCAGUCAGGUACCUACCUUUGGAUAAAGAGGAUAUUAUUGGCCCUUUCGAACAAGCAUACAUUAACAUCGCUGUUACUCCGGAAGAGAUUGAAUCCAAUGUUCAUAGUCAUGUCGAGUUUUCUCCAACCAACAUUUUGUCAAUUCUUGCGAAUUUAACGCCAUUUUCUGACUUCAACCAAUCUCCAAGAAAUAUGUAUCAGUGUCAGAUGGGUAAGCAAACCAUGGGUACACCUGGUGUUGCUUUGGUUCAUCGAAGUGAUAAUAAGCUUUAUCGUCUACAAACAGGACAAACUCCUAUAGUAAAGGCUAAUCUUUACGAUGACUAUGGAAUGGACAAUUUCCCCAAUGGAACAAACGCGGUCGUUGCUGUCAUUUCAUACACUGGUUACGAUAUGGACGAUGCGAUGAUCAUCAAUAAAUCGUCAGAUGAACGUGGCUUUGGUUACGGUACCAUGUAUAAAGUUGAAGUGAUUGAUUUAGCUGACAGCAGAAGGAAAGGUGAUCCAAUUACUCAACACUUUGGUUUUGGUACUGACGAGUGGCCUGAAUCCUGGAAACAGAAUCUCGAUGAAGACGGAUUACCAGCUAUUGGGACUCUAGUUAAUGAGGGAGAUCCCAUAGUGGCAUACUAUGAUGACACCCUUGGUAAGACCAAGGUGAAGACUUAUCAUAGUUCAGAGCCUGCAUACAUUGAAGAGGUUAAACUGAUAAGCGAUGAUUUGGGAGACUCGGAAUUGCAAAUGGUCACCAUUAAGUACAGAAUUACUAGACAACCUCAAAUCGGUGAUAAAUUCUCCUCUAGACACGGACAGAAGGGUGUCUGUUCCCGGAAAUGGCCUCAGAUAGAUAUGCCAUUUACUGAAACUGGAAUACAACCUGAUGUCAUAAUCAAUCCGCACGCUUUCCCAUCUCGUAUGACCAUUGGUAUGUUUGUGGAAUCUCUGGCUGGAAAAGCUGGAGCAUUACAUGGAAUUGCUCAGGACUCUACUCCAUGGAAGUUCAAUGAAGAUGAUACGCCGGCUGAUUUCUUCGGUGAGCAGCUAAUUAGUGCCGGUUACAAUUACCACGGUAAUGAGCCAAUGUAUUCUGGUGUCACCGGUGAAGAAUUGAGGGCCGAUAUUUACAUUGGAGUGGUCUACUACCAACGGUUGAGACAUAUGGUUAACGAUAAAUUCCAGGUCAGAUCUACGGGACCUGUCAACAGCUUGACAAUGCAACCAGUCAAGGGACGUAAGAGAAACGGAGGUAUUCGUAUUGGAGAGAUGGAACGUGAUGCUCUUAUUGGGCACGGUACUGCGUUCUUAUUACAAGACCGUCUGUUGAACUGUUCUGACUACACUCAAACAUCUAUAUGUAAAGGCUGUGGAUCGUUAUUAAACACACAAACAUCCGUUCCUCGUAUAGGCACGAAAGCCAUGAUCCACUGCCGUCGUUGUUCCACGAAGAUCAAUGACGUUACUGCCGGAACGACCGAUGAUAUGGAUCUCUGGGAAGAUGGACAGGGAAACCGAUACACUGGAGGCAACGAUACAACCACUGUUGCCAUUCCAUUUGUGCUUAAAUAUUUAGACUCAGAGCUGUCUGCGAUGGGUAUUCGUAUGAGAUACAAUGUGGAACCCAGUUAG